GCAGCCUUUCUUUGUCUCUGCUACCGUUUCAUCUCCGUCUCUCUCUCGAGUGCGCUACUCUCCCCUCUCUUUCCCUUAACCCUAACCCUCUCUACAACCAUGGCUGAAAGAGGCACAGGAGAAAGAGGAGCCUUCCGUCGUGGCUUUGGCGGUGGCCCUCGCGGUGAUCGCGGAGGCAGAGGCCGCCGUCGUGCGCGCCGUGACGAGGAGGAGAAGUGGGUUCCAGUAACCAAACUGGGCCGCUUGGUGAAGGAUGGCAAGAUCAGAAGUCUAGAGCAAAUUUACUUGCAUUCUCUGCCUAUUAAAGAGCAUCAGAUCAUUGAUACUCUUGUCGGUCCAUCCCUCAAGGAUGAGGUCAUGAAAAUCACCCCUGUCCAGAAACAAACUCGGGCCGGGCAGCGAACCCGGUUCAAGGCCUUUGUCGUCGUAGGCGACGGAAAUGGCCACGUCGGAUUGGGAGUCAAGUGCUCGAAGGAGGUUGCUACUGCCAUUCGCGGUGCCAUCAUAUUGGCCAAGUUAUCUGUUAUCCCCGUGAGAAGAGGUUAUUGGGGUAACAAGAUCGGAAAGCCACACACCGUGCCCUGCAAGGUCACCGGCAAGUGUGGAUCCGUGACUGUGAGAAUGGUGCCCGCUCCUCGUGGUGCUGGAAUUGUUGCUGCACGCGUCCCCAAGAAGGUUCUGCAGUUUGCUGGGAUAGAGGACGUGUUCACCUCCUCCAGGGGCUCCACUAAGACCCUCGGAAAUUUCGUGAAGGCCACCUUUGACUGUCUCCUGAAAACCUAUGGAUUCUUGACUCCUGACUUUUGGAGGGAGACCCGCUUCACCAAGUCUCCCUUCCAGGAGUACACUGAUCUAUUGGGGAAACCAACUAAAGUCCUAAUUGAAGAUGCAGAGAGGGUCGAAGCUUGAUGCAGAGAUUCGAGUCUUGAGUCGUUAAAGAUGAGAAUAUAGGGCCAAGAAUUUCAUGUUAAUUGCUUAGUAGGUUCUUAAGACUUUAAGAAUGUCAUCAUUUUGUUUAUGGUUUUUGUUGGAGAUUUUUGGAUUCAGUAAUAACUUUUGGUGUUUUGAUCAAUUUGCAAAAGGAUUUGUUUGUUUUGAUUUCAA